GCGCGCCUGGAUGGAGGGCGGCAGCAGUGGCGGCCUGUCCUCAUGGCAGUGACGGAGAAGGACCUGCUGCUGUAUGAUGGCAUGCCCUGGACCAGGGAUGCCUGGGCCUCCCCUUGCCACAGCUACCCGCUGGUGGCUACCAGGCUCGUGCACUCGGGCUCAGGCCGCGCCCUAUGCUCGGAGCUCACCUUUGCCACCCGGACGGGCUCUCGCCAGGGCGUGGAGAUGCAUGUGUUCCGCGUGGAAACCCACCGGGACCUCUCCUCCUGGACACGCAUCCUGGUGCAGGGCUGCCACGCUGCCGCUGAGCUGAUCAAGGAGGUGACCGUGGGUGAGUGCUGCGGGGAGGGGACACCCCCGGUUCUUCUGCAGAGCAGGAAACCGGGUGGCAGAAUCCUUUUCCGCUCCCCGUAGGAGAGACUGAAGAUGUCGGCAGACGAUGGCAUCAGGACCCUCUACCUUGACUUCGGAGGCCCUGAGGGGGAACUGGCGCUGGACCUGCACUCCUGCCCCAAGCCCAUUGUCUUCGUCCUGCACACCUUCCUCUCGGCCAAAGUCACCCGCAUGGGGCUGCUGGCGUAG